GUAGUGCGCAUGGACGAGCGCAGGGAAGAGCAGAUCGUGCAGCUCCUCAACUCUGUCCAGACUAAAAAUGACAGGGAGCAAGAAGCCAUGUCCUGGUGGUCUGGGGAUGAAGAAGGCCCUACUCCAGAGCAGCCUGUGAAAGUUAAAUCAGAUGGUGGCAGAGCUCCUGUGAGACAGAGACCUGCCUUGGAGAAAACAUCCCUGGACAGGGAUGUGGAAUAUCUCUUUGAAAAGAAUGAGCCGGAUACUGACUUAGAUGAGCAGCUUAAAGAAGAUUUAAGAAAGAAGAGGUCUGACCCCAAAUACAUUGAAAUGCAGAGAUUCCGAGAGAAACUCCCCUCCUAUGGCAUGAGACAGGAACUUGUGAACUUGAUAAACAACAACCGUGUGACUGUGAUCAGUGGUGAGACUGGCUGCGGGAAGACCACCCAGGUGACACAGUUCAUCCUGGAUGACUACAUCGAGCGAGGGAAGGGCUCCACAUGCAGGAUCGUGUGCACUCAGCCCAGGCGGAUCAGUGCUAUCUCUGUGGCUGAGAGAGUUGCUGCUGAGAGGGCAGAGGUCUGUGGCAAUGGCAAGAGCACAGGGUACCAGAUCCGCCUGCAGAGUCGGUUGCCAAGGAAACAAGGCUCAAUUCUGUACUGCACCACAGGAAUUGUCCUGCAGUGGCUCCAGUCAGAUAAGCACUUGUCCAGCAUCAGCCAUGUAGUCCUUGAUGAAAUCCAUGAGAGAAAUCUUCAGUCAGAUGUUCUAAUGAGCAUCAUCAAAGAUCUUCUGAACAUCCGUUUGGACCUGAAGGUCAUACUGAUGAGUGCUACUCUGAACGCUGAGAAGUUCUCUGAGUACUUUGAUCACUGUCCAAUGAUUCAUAUUCCUGGAUUCACUUUCCCUGUGGUGGAAUAUCUGCUCGAAGAUGUCAUUGAGAAGCUGAGGUACACCCCGGAGAGCACGGACCGCCGGCCGCGCUGGAAGAAAGGCUUCAUGCAGGGCCAUGUCAGCAGGCCUGAGAAGGAGGAGAAGGAGGAGAUCUACAGGGAACGAUGGCCAGACUACCUGAGGCAGCUCCGGGGCAGGUAUUCAGCAAGUACUAUUGAUGCCCUGGAAAUGAUGGAUGAUGACAAGGUGGACCUUGACCUCAUAGCAGCACUGAUCAGACACAUCGUGCUGGAAGAAGAGGAUGGUGCAAUUCUGGUGUUUCUGCCAGGCUGGGACAACAUCAGCACUUUGCAUGAUCUCCUGAUGUCACAAGUCAUGUUUAAGUCAGAUAGGUUUAUUAUCAUACCUUUGCAUUCACUGAUGCCUACUGUUAACCAGACUCAGGUGUUUAAGAAGACCCCACCAGGAGUAAGGAAAAUCGUGAUUGCAACCAACAUUGCAGAGACCAGCAUCACCAUUGAUGACGUGGUGUUUGUUAUAGACGGGGGCAAGAUCAAGGAGACCCACUUUGACACCCAGAACAACAUCAGCACCAUGGCAGCAGAGUGGGUCAGCAAAGCCAAUGCCAAGCAGAGGAAAGGUCGAGCAGGAAGAGUUCAGCCAGGUCACUGUUACCACCUGUACAACGGGCUCCGUGCCAGCCUGCUGGAUGAUUACCAGCUACCAGAGAUCCUGAGGACACCUCUGGAAGAACUCUGCUUGCAAAUCAAGAUCCUGAAGCUUGGUGGAAUUGCCUAUUUUCUGAGCAAACUCAUGGACCCACCAUCUCGUGAUGCUGUGAUGUUGGCCAUCAAUCACCUUAUGGAGCUGAAUGCUCUGGACAGGCAGGAGGAGCUGACUCCACUGGGUGUCCAUCUGGCUCGGCUGCCUGUGGAGCCUCACAUCGGGAAGAUGAUCCUCUUUGGGGCCUUGUUCUGCUGCCUGGACCCUGUGCUUACCAUUGCUGCCAGCCUCAGCUUCAAGGACCCUUUUGUCAUCCCUCUGGGCAAAGAGAAAGUUGCAGAUGCAAGAAGAAAAGAGCUGUCAAAGAACACCAAGAGUGACCACCUGACUGUGGUGAAUGCCUUCACUGGCUGGGAGGAGACUCGGCGCCGGGGAUUCAGGACCGAGAAGGACUAUUGCUGGGACUAUUUCCUGUCCUCAAACACCCUGCAGAUGCUGCAUAACAUGAAGGGGCAAUUUGCUGAGCACCUGCUGGCAGCUGGGUUUGUGAGCAGCAGAGACCCCAAGGAUCCCAAAUCCAACACCAACUCAGACAAUGAGAAGCUGCUCAAGGCAGUCAUCUGUGCUGGCCUGUAUCCCAAAGUGGCAAAGAUCCGGCCCAGCUUCAGCAAGAAGAGGAAAAUGGUGAAAGUUUGCACCAAGACAGAUGGAUCAGUCAAUAUUCAUCCCAAAUCAGUUAAUGUGGAAGAAACAGAGUUUCAUUACAACUGGCUCGUGUACCACUUGAAGAUGAGGACCAGCAGUAUUUACCUGUAUGACUGCACAGAGGUGUCUCCAUACUGUCUGCUGUUCUUCGGGGGAGAUAUAUCCAUCCAGAAGGAUAAGGACCAGGAGACCAUCGCUGUGGAUGAGUGGAUUGUGUUCCAGUCUCCAGCAAGAAUAGCACACCUGGUGAAGAACUUAAGGCAAGAACUUGAUGAUCUUCUCCAAGAAAAGAUUGAAAACCCCCAUCCCGUGGACUGGAAUGACAUCAAGUGCAGGGACACAGCAGUCCUGACAGCCAUCAUAGACCUGAUCACCACACAGGAGAACGAGGGCGCGCGGAACUUCGCGCCGCGGUUCCAGGGCGAGCGCUGCAGCUGACCCUGCUG